AAAAUUCCAGAGUCUGUGUAUAAAAGCGUCUGGUUCUGAGACUGUGAUGUUAACGGGAUCGAACAGACGAUGAAACUCUCCAUCCUUCUGAUCUGUGCAGUGCUGUUUGUUCUGCAAACUGCAACUGCUCAAGUGAAGUUUGGGCAGCUCUGCAAUGGAAACUCAUCAAACAGAAAGCGAAGCUGCGACAACAAAUACGGCUGCGGCAACUAUGGAGCCUCACGUGAUGGUGGAAAGCGUAAACAUAUGGGUCUGGACAUCGCGUGUUCUGACGGUGCGACGGUUUACGCUCCAUUUGAUGUGACUUUAAAUGGGAAAUCUGUACCAUACAGGAACAACAACGCCAUCAACGACGGCAUCCAGCUGUCUGGGGGAGGUCUGUGCUUCAAGCUGUUCUAUGUGAAGCCUAGUAAAUACAGCGGCUCCCUAAAGAAAGGUCAGAAGCUCGGCACGAUGCUGCCCAUGCAGAGUGUGUAUCCAGGAAUCGGGUCUCAUGUCCACGUCCAGAUGUGCGACAAGUCCGACCCCACCAAGUACUUCUGAUCACACACACAUGGACAUGCACAUGCAGACACACACACACACACACACACACACACACACACAUGCACACACACACGUGCAUUCAUUCAGCUUUGUGCAUCUCCUUCAGAGAUCCUGCUUUCUGUCUGAAUCAUAUAAUACAAAUAAAAAAAAAAACAA